AUGGUUGCUUUUCACCAAUCCGCAGCCAAGCGACGCUGGUUGGAGCAUCUUCAUUCUUACCAUGACUGGACCGCCGCUCAUGAUGUUAUCUCGUUCGCAAUUCUUUCGAUGGAUGCACUUUUCACCACAAUUUAUUUCGCGGUUUCUCUUUUCAUGACGGUUUACUACCUGUCAAUGGUCGACUAUCUCAAAGAGCACGAAACUGCAGGGGAAGGUCUCUCAGCCGUCAUUAGAUUGUUAGAAGCUCGAGCUGGCGUUACAAUCACUAUGUCAUACAUCUGCCUCUGUGCUUUCUUUUGGCUGACUAAACGAUUGUUUAUUGCUGGCUCACCACAACUUCUGACUGAGGAGAUCGAUAAGAAGUAUGAAAUAUAUCUUCGGAUGUAUGCCAUAAUCAUACUUGUCGGUAUUCUUCGUGUCGUGACAUUCAUCUUAGCAUGUCCCAGCUUUUACCCUGAGGAAAUCAUGAGAAUCCGGAUCCCACAUAGUGAAUUCGUUGCGAAGCCUCUGAUUAGGGAGAGAGGAGAUAGAAAUGCGGACUUCAUAGUUGGAGAUAUAAUAAUCUACUUCUGGGGUUGGUCCUUUCUGUUCUUUAUAACGGCCGCCGUCUCGCUAUUCGGGUUCCUCAUCAGUGCAGAUUUCGUCGGAUUCAUAAUCCACCCUGGCAGCAUUCACAACCGCACCAAAUAUCAGAUUUUUGACCUUUUCUUCUUUACGGCUACUCAACCAUUUUGGACCACUUUCGACUUCAUCCUACUAAUUUUCGAAAUAUUUGAGUGCCUUUUCCGAUGCUGUUUUGAACUACUCUGUUGUCGCAAACCACAAGCGAUGAGCUACUACGAUGACUAUUCUGACAGACACCUUAUUGGAAGAAUUCGCUCCCCUCGGUACUACAAUGAGCCAAAGCUUAGUGCCACCUAUUACUGGGCUGGAAGAGCUUGUUUUAAGUUCAUUAGGAUCUCAAAAUACUUCUGGCAUGUCGUCAAGACCAGUGUCUUGGGAAUGUGGUUUGGUGCCAAGUGGUGGGGCAUGAAGGUUAAAUGGGGGGUCAAAUUGAAAAAGAGCCGUGCAAGUGGUAUGACAGUUAUUCUAGGACCCUACCAGACAGCUCCUGUUCGUGGAUGGACCGACCGUGGUGUUUUUGAUGGUGGCAGGGGCAGGGAGCCACAGAAUGGCCGGGAGUACCAGGCUGACCAAUUUGAGGAUAUAGGGCUAGGCGAGGUCCCAGCUCGGCAGCGUACUACGGAAAUCUGA